AUGGCUCCCAAUCACCAGAACCCUUCCGGCCCUCCCUACCAACAGCCGCAAUCUUUUGAUCAAUCUGGACAAUUAGCACCUCAUGGCAUGAAACCCAGAGUCACAGCAACUCUGUGGGAAGACGAAGGUAGCCUGUGCUUCCAGGUCGAAGCAAAUGGUGUCUGUGUUGCCAGACGAGAGGACAAUCACAUGAUCAACGGCACCAAGCUGCUCAAUGUUGCUGGUAUGACGAGAGGUAGACGUGACGGAAUUCUCAAGAGCGAGAAAACUCGCCACGUCGUAAAGAUCGGUCCAAUGCACUUGAAGGGCGUGUGGAUUCCCUACGAACGCGCUCUGGACUUUGCCAACAAGGAGAAAAUCACUGAAAUGCUGUACCCGCUAUUCGUCCACAACAUCGGCGCGCUGCUGUAUCACCCGAACAACAGCCAGGGUGGUCGUGCCAGUGUCGGCAAUGCCAGCAUGGCUGGCCGUCGUCCCGAGGAUGAUCCCAACUUCGGCCGCCCUGGUAUGCCCGCGCUUCCUCCGGCAAUCGGUCACCAUCACUCGAUGAACGCUCCUGUAUCACAGCCACCGCACUCAAUCGCGCCGCAGCCAACCGGUGGUAGACCCAGCAUUGACCGCGCGCACACAUUUCCCACGCCGCCAACUAGCACUUCUGGCAUGAUGGGCAUGGUUAGUGCAACUGGAUCUUAUGAUUACGGCAAUGUGCACCAAGGUACGCCACUCGGUGUUGAUGGCAACAUGACCGCUCGCUCAGUACCUACCACACCAGCGACGACCCCUCCGGAUCAACAAGGAAUUCAAUACCAGACCAGUCAGUCCGCCUACGACAAUCAGCGACAGAUGUACUCGACACCAUCGCAACAUGGUGGAUACUACGGCCAACAGCAAAACAUGAACCGCUUCACCACUCUCCAAUCCAGCCCGAACGGCGGACAGAUGAAGUCCGACAUGGGCCCACCAGGUCGCGCGGGUGUGGACGAUCACGCAGAUGGCAAAGCCCAUGACGGCUAUGGCGGUCAGCAGGACGCUGAUGGCGAACACGAUGGUGAAUAUAUCCACACCGCCACUCACAGUGCGUUCCCUGGCGCUGCAGCACAGCGCCGUCCUUCUCAAUCUCUUACUAACAAUCUUUACUCAGGACAUGUACACUCUGACCCUGCGUCUGCGCAUCACCUCUCGCCCAAUGAUAUGACACACUCUCCGGGUGUCAAUGGCACCUCCACUGCCGUAGCUGGAAGCGGCCGCGCAACUCCGCGCACCACAUCCACGUACACUGGCGCGUAUAACGCGUCGACACCACAGCGCGCUGCUACUUUGCCCUCCAGCAACCUCAACUAUGUCAUGAGCAAUGACAUUCGUGCCAAUGGUGGAACACCUGCCUCUGGCGAGUAUCCCUCAGCUGCCCAUCACCACCCUCACCACCAACAACAGCACUACCAACCGGCACCACCGCCACAGCAACAGCCAGCUCCGACCUAUGCUUCCGCCAACGGUACAGUGAUCAACAACAAUAACAAGCGCGGACGGGAUGAUGACUCGUCGUCUUACCAUCAAGACGAUGCUGCCUCAUCACUGAAGCGACAACGCAUGGACCCUGUUGCCAGGCCGCUCAGCCAGCCUGUCAAAGCUGGUGGAGCACGACGAUAA